AUGAUGUCGACAGCUCACAAAUGCGAGCAAACUCCAAUGCGUGAUGAUUCCACAGCAGUGAGAAUCGACGAGCAAACGAAACCCCCUGAAGAUCAUGUCGAAGAGGACUUAUUGGACCUAGAUGGCGAAGAGGUGCAAAGUCAACCGAAUGUGCAAGUCCACCAAGGAGACGAACCCUCGGAGCACCUGAAGGAUAAAGAGACAUCGAAAAACGCUGGAAGAAAAGAUAAUGAUGAAAUGCAAAGGUCAACGUCGAGAUCGCCUCACUGCAAUGUUCAAAGACGAAAGAAAUGGAUAAGAGGUCGCAUGGCAGAGCUCCUUCAGCAAAUUAAGAAAUCAUCACGAACGCCAAACCGAAUCUUCUCGCGCCAUAGCAGUUUGCGCAACGGAGACCGCUUCCUGAGAUGUGCCUUCUGCGACGUCAAGGGCCAACACUACAGUGACAGCUGUCCGACGUACAGAACAGCAAAAGAACGCCAGAGGAUGGUCAGAUGUACACGCUAUCUGGACACACUCCACCGAGCCUCGGAAUGCCGUAUGGGAGUAUCACGAACGUGA